CGAGAGGUUUAAUUGUUGUUUUUGCAUUGUCACACGCCUCGCCUGGUGCAUAAGUAGGCCUCAGACACUGGGGAUGUGCUGUGGAGAUGUAAGGGAUGCGGUAAUACCUCACUACAUAAUAGAGAGGGGGGGGGGGGGGGGUAAAAGGCAAGGCGUGCGUCCGGACGCUCACCGCCAACUAAACGCGAGAGGGACUCAGACGUCAAUAACAUCUCGCUCAUCAAUAAGGCAUUUUGAUGGAGGUAGCCUGCUUAAUUAAAUAGGUUGCCUUGGAGGUAUUGGGCUCUCUGAAUUUAUAAUAUUUAAUCUAAUGACCCCCCAUGGAGCACAUCUGAAGGACGUCUUUCUUCAGCAUCUCCAUCCACUGGAAAGCGGCUCGCUCACACCUAAUACGACUUGGAGAUUUCUUAUCGUUCAGUGAUGGCUAUCAACACUGAUGCUACCUUUGGGAAAGGCGCCCUCGGCGAGAGGGAAGUUUCCAAUCCCACCGACUUCCAGGACACGGAGAAGCUCCUGAACACCGCGACCACCGAGCCCACCGGGCAGAGCAACAUCAAACCGUCCGACUCCUUCUCCCUCAACAUCAGAGGGAGCGUCCGGUCCCUGGACGCGGACCAGAAUGGACACAGAUCGCCGCUAAAGUCGGGCUCCAUCGGGCAGUUGGCAGCCCCACCCAAAUCCUUGUCCCGUCUCAGUCUGGGCCCGCUGCCCUCCCCGGUGCCGCCCGGGUCCGCACCCUCGUGUUACCUCUGGCUCGCCGUGCUGUCCUGUUUCUGCCCCGCCGUGCCGCUCAACAUAUGCGCCCUGUGGUACGCGCAUGUGGUGAGUGUUAAAUAUAUUUACAGCUUUCGAUUUCUUUUAUUAUAGAUACUUAUCACUAUAUAUCUGUGCUUCAGAUGCUUGGAGUUACUCUGAAUACAGUUGUAAGUUUUUUUUCAAACAAGUGUC